GCACCGCACCCAACGUCGUCAAAUCUUCAACUCUGUUUGAUAUAUGCCGUGAAAAAGGGAAAUUUACCCAAGUCUUGAUGACUAUUUUGGCGGAAAUUGUUAAUAUUCGACUUUCAUAGGAUUUUUUUUAUUACUAGAAAUUAACCAUGAGUAGUGAACUAGAGGCCCUCCGCCAGGAAACUGAGCAACUUAAAAACCAAAUUAGGGAGGCACGAAAAGCUGCCGCAGAUGCCACCCUUACGCAGACUACCGCACAGUUAGAAUCGAUUGGUCGGAUUCAGAUGAGAACUCGACGUACCUUACGAGGACAUUUAGCAAAAAUAUAUGCCAUGCACUGGGCAUCAGAUUCUAGGAAUCUUGUAUCUGCUUCACAAGAUGGUAAACUUAUUGUAUGGGAUGGAUAUACAACUAACAAGGUGCACGCUAUCCCUUUGAGAUCUAGUUGGGUUAUGACCUGUGCCUAUGCCCCAUCAGGUAGCUACGUAGCUUGCGGUGGAUUGGAUAAUAUAUGUUCCAUAUAUAGUUUGAAAACUCGAGAAGGAAAUGUUCGAGUUAGUAGAGAAUUACCAGGCCAUACUGGUUAUCUAUCUUGUUGUAGAUUUAUUGACGAUAACCAAAUUGUCACAAGCUCAGGAGACAUGACCUGUGCAUUGUGGGAUAUUGAAACCGGUCAACAAACAACAUCAUUCACUGGCCACACAGGUGAUGUCAUGAGUCUGUCUCUAGCCCCGGAUUUUAAAACAUUCGUAUCGGGGGCAUGUGAUGCUUCAGCUAAGCUAUGGGAUGUGAGAGAUGGUAUGUGCAAACAAACAUUCUCAGGACAUGAGUCCGAUAUAAAUGCAAUUACAUAUUUUCCUAAUGGGUUUGCUUUUGCUACUGGCUCUGACGAUGCUACUUGUAGACUGUUUGAUAUCCGAGCAGAUCAAGAAAUAGGAAUGUAUUCCCAUGAUAAUAUCAUUUGUGGUAUCACUUCUGUGGCCUUUUCCAAGAGUGGACGCCUUCUGAUGGGAGGGUAUGAUGAUUUCAACUGCAAUGUUUGGGAUGUAUUGAAACAAGAACGUGCAGGUGUAUUAGCAGGCCAUGAUAACCGUGUAAGCUGUCUAGGAGUAACAGAGGAUGGAACAGCCGUGGCUACUGGCUCAUGGGAUAGCUUCUUAAAAAUCUGGAACUGAGGCGAGAAAUAGAACGCUUCACGUUUUGGUGUCUUGUUUGCUUUUCUUUCUACGUUAAGUUAGCUUAAUAAGGGAGAUCAGCAGGACAAAAAAUAAUUAUUAAACUUGAUAAACUGGUCAUAAAAACAACUCAAAUCAUCUAAUAUGGAAAAUGUGGUAGACAUUGUUUUUUUUUUCUGUUUUUUGGCCAGUGUUUGAACGUAAAAUUCUAAAUGAUGUAUAACAGUUGUCUAUAAUGGAGUUAUCUCCUUCUACCGCAUAAAGAUGUGUUUGGAAGACCUGUAUAUAUAUAAAUCUUCGUACUAUAUUCAGACUCUAUAUACAAACUUCUGUUUUUUUUGUCUCUCUCUUUACACGUCAAUUUUUCAAAAUAUUGUCUAUCCUUGUAGAAUCAUCCACCAUUUUGAAAAUCAACGGCUUUUUUUAUCUUCGUUUCCAAACUCUUCAGUUGGAUGUACGAAUCGUAGAUCAUUGCUGCUCAAUUUACAUAUUAACAUUGGUACACAAUUUUUAUUUCCCUGUCAAUAAUUUAUGCGAAUCUGUUUAAUAUGUCAAUUAUUAAGCAGGACUUUUUGUCGAUGAUAAACGCGAAUCUGUGUUGAUAUUCGACAAGCGACCAUUUUGUUCUAUAUAUAAACUUGAUGUUCAGUUUUUUCUGUGGGUGGAAAACUCCACGAAGAUGUCGAUGUAUGAAGUGGAUUUUAUUUCUGGAUUUACUUUGGAAUGUGACGUGGUUAUUAUAAGUAUCGGAUCUGACGACUGGAAAAUAUUUGUGGAUAAUUUUCCGCGGAACUUUUCUCGAAAAAUGAAAUUUGGAUUAUAUGAACUUUGUCAUAAUUUUGAAUGAGUCUUGGAUUGAAAAUGAAAAUCUUAUGUAGAAAUGAGUUCGUUUAGCAUUUGAAAUAAAUCGAGUGCUGGUCAUGUGGUUAACAAUUUUGGGGUUCGUGCAAUUUGUAAAAAUGAAAAUUAAUUUGUCAAUAUCUUGUAAGAAUGUACAGAUAUUUUUAAAAAUAACAGCUUCGAUACUAAAAUUUUUCAAACUGAAUUGUUUUCAUUGUUCAUUACUUAAGUCUAUUCAAACAUUUAUGACUUUUAUAUUGUCUGUGUACAUAUGACUUCUAUUUAAUUCAAGCAAGGCAUUUUUUGUCUGCGGCAAGUUUUCCAAAACAUCGGCAAAAGUUUUUAAAUUUCUAGUGUCUUAAGUUAAAUAGAUUGUCAGUAAUAAUAAUAAUGAACGUACUUUUAAAGAAUGUAACAAUUUUAUACUUUUAAUAGGUGCAGUAUUAAUUCAACUUUUGAGCGAAAUUUUGGAAAACUUGUCCUGAAAAUUUUUAGAUUAGUUGUCCUUAUGAUAAUGUCGAUGUGAUGAAUUUGAAAAAUAAUUUUCAUCUCAUUUCGAACUUUCUUGUAUUUAUACAAAAUUUGUGUUUCCUGAUCUAUAAAAAAAUAUGUAUGAAAGUUAUAUGUCGCUGGAAUUGGAUAUUGUGCUAAAUUUUUCAGAUAUUUGGGGAAUUGCAACGCCUCGAAAUAUUUUCAGCUCAUGUCACUAGGAUAGACUUUGAUGUAUUUUUGUCAACUUUGCGACGUCAUGUGAAUAGAGGUGUUUACAGAGCCUCGAGUAAAUAUGCCAACUAAACUGUCAAAAUUUUGUAUGAAUUAAUUAAUGAUACUGAAAUAUAUAUGACUGACAGGCUCUGGAAUACUCUGUUCAGAUGACGGACAUUAUCACCCAUCACUGAGGUCACAUACCAUAGUCCAUAUUAAUUUGAAGAUCAAAUUCCAAUAUUUCAACUGUGUAUGUGGAAUCAUACUGGCAUCACCUAGUUUCAUGAUCUGUUUGUGAUGAAAUUACUUACUAUUUACCAAUUAAUAUAACUGUGAAGCUUAAGACCUUUAGACCAGUGGACAGCAUGAAACCCCACAAGAUCUGUUGAUAUAUAUCUUUCCUUGAGGCUAGCCUUGACAUCAUACCUUGAUUCGUUAAACAACUAUAAGAAUCAGUGUUGUGACUGAUAACACCAACACUCAUGCCUAUGAACCACAGUUAAGGCUUGUCUCAUAGGCAAAUGUUGAAAUGCCUUGAUUAAGAAUCAGAGUUGUAACAAAUAACACCAAUACAGUAUGAUAGUCUUUUAAACAGUUUAAAACCAUGAACCAUUGAAGUGUUAUAAGCCUGUAUAUCUGUUCUCUAAUCAUGCCUAGAUUCAGUGAACUGCAAUAAGAAUCCAGGUUAUGACUGAUAACACCAACAGUUUUAAUACCAUGAACCACAGUUAGGGCUUGUCCCAUGAAGUGUAGAAUUCCAUCAUAUUAGUAAUAUUUAAGUAGUUACCUGGCAAACAGACCAUUAAGCUCAAUGUAUGCUUUAUCCUGAGGAAAUUUAACACAUUGCUUGUCCCUGUGUCUGUUAGUUUUUCUUCUAUCAGUAUGAUUGAGUGACGCUUUUCUUUAUUUUUUUCGUUUAAAACAAGCGGUGUACAUCCCCAUUCUAUCGAAGUGUACACAAGAUUCAUUCAUUAGCCUUCAACUCUUGUCGGAAUCUUGGUUCUAAUUAUUGCAUUCUCAUUUUUGAGAUGCACUCAUGGCUUGCCCCAAAGAAGCUUUAGGAGACCACAGAUGCCCCAGUCUGACAAAGAACUUUACACAAUUGCCAAGUGAUUGCUGAGUUGCUGGACACUCUAAAUCAAAAAAACUCUUUAAGUUUUUGGGCUGCAGCAUCCAAAUAAGGACUUAAGCUCUGACCUAGAAUUGAAGGUUUCAUCCCCCAAUAUUUAUAUUAUUGUUUUCUUUUCUUUUUGUUAUUUUAUUAUUCAAUGUAGAUCAUAAGAUAUUUAAAAAAUAGUUGAAACCAGAACUAUUCUAAUGUACUGAAUUUUUAAUUGGAUAUUUCCGUCUUUUGUCUGAGAUCCUCAUGAGAUUUUCAUUGGCUGCUCGUGUUUAAUAUCAUGUCUAUGAGUUGUCCAGGGGAAUUUGGAGGAUGAUUUGGACCAUCAGGGACUUGUCGGACAAUCAGAAUUGUCAAUUCUUGUAUUCAAUUUUCAAAGCAUCUCAUUGGUUAAUAAUUUAAAUACACCUAUUGAGAUCCGCCAAUCAGAUUUCUUGAAUAGAUUUGCAUGUUAAAUUUUGACUAUUCUGACAACGUGCCUGUGUUAAACAAAACUGCUUUGCCAUGCUCAUUCAUGCUAACGAUCUUAAAAUAAUUCUAUUACCAAGCAAAGCAGUGCACAAAAAGCAUUAAAUAUCAAGAAUUCAGUAUAUGAGGAUAUGUUUCUUAUGAUCAACUGCAAUCAUUAUGUGUGUGUGUCUUCAUCCAUGUAUCAAGAGUAUCUAAUAAAGUUGUCUUCAUUUAA